AUGACUAUUUUAGUGUUUUUAGUAAUGUUAAUAUGAUCUCAAUGUAUAAAACAGACUAAUCAACGUGCAUAUAUCACAUGAAUUUUCACACAAAGUCUCAUGUUAAGUGAUGUUACGUAAAGUGCUUUCGUCCCCGACACCAUUUGACAAAUCAUUUGUAAAUUUCAAACAACAAAACAUAAUUCCUGGGAAUUUUUGGCUUCGAGUAGCAUUCAGAAUUGACAUUACUGGAUGUCUCUGUAUGUGUAUUGUUACAUGUCUAUCGUUCAGUGAACAUUAGCUAGCUCUACACGUAAUCAUGUUCCAUAAGCUAAACGAAACCACGAAUUUUAAUGACCGGAUCAAAUUAUUUUAGCCAAACAUCAGAGUCAGCUACUUGCUACAUAUAUUUUAUUAUUAUACAUGUAUAAGCUUUGUUACAUGGAAAGACACCCAUGUCAUUGAAAAUUAACUAUAAACAUACAAGGUCCAAGUAAACCAAGCGGAGAUCAUGUUACAUAAUGAAGAAUGUGUACGAGUCUGUUCAUGAAUGCGUAAGAACAAGAAAUAAGAUUGGCUUUAUUAUACAAUCGUAAAAUUGCAGGUUUAAUUUUCAACGUGUUACCUCCAUCAAUUAAUAAAAGUGACUCUGCUUAAUAAUUUAUAAGGAAACCAUUUUUUAUUGAAUACAUUUUGAAGCAGCAAUGAACGGGGGGAAUAAAAAGACCGAUAAGCCAAGUGACAAGGGGAAGGAGAAAGAAAAGCCAAAACCAAGGCCAGGAAGUUGGGAGGAAUGGAAGGCCGGUUGGGGAAAAUUCACAAUGUCUAAGAAGGACUACAACGAAUGGCUGACGGGGAAGAAGAAUCAAGAUAAGCUCGACGAGGACGAGGCGAAAAAGUCUGCAGACGAUGAAACAGAUAAACCAGUGGAGAAGCAGUAUUGCCUUACUUGUGGAACCGGGGUACUAAAGAAUAAUGGAUUGCAGUGUCGAAAUCCAUAUUGUGUUGCAAAAACAUUAAACUUUUAACUAUGCUCAAAAGUUGUUUGGCACAACCAUUUCUGUUCGUUGGUUAAUGGAGAAUGAUUUUAACUUUUAUGGAUUAUAUACGUAAUUAAUAGGCAAACAAUGUAAAUGAUUAAGGUGUCUCAGAGUCAUAAUUUUGGGUAAUCAAUUUUCAUUUUAGUGGGAUAACUCAACUAGACUGUCUUCAUUUAUACUAAAAAUACUUAUAGGUAAUGCAAUAAAUGCGUAUUUGUAAUGGAUUAUCCUGAA